AUGAGACUCUUCUUCGCGAGGUUUUUCUUACAAGUUUGGCAAGGAACUUUUUCCUUAAUUUUGGAGGCUUGGCAUGACAACAAUCGUACAUCGAAAUCAAGCGGUUCGCCUCGUACUCUCAUCAGUAGGCUCAUGACACAAAAAUGGUUGGAUCCGGGAGAUGAUUGGAUGGAAGGGGAACAAAAAUCAACGCAUUCGUCUAUACGAUACGAAUAUCGCGUCGUCUGCGAUUCUUUUUACUACGGAUCGGGAUGCGCAAAUUUUUGCCGUCCGAGAGAUGAUAAAUUCGGACAUUAUAAUUGCGCACUGUCAGGAGCAAGAGUUUGUCUCUCAGGAUGGAAAGGAGAUUACUGUGAUCAACCAAAAUGUCUUCCGGGAUGCAGUGAAGAACAUGGACACUGCGAACAACCCAAUCAGUGCCUAUGCCACAACGGAUGGCAGGGAAAAUUCUGUAACGAAUGCGAACGUUAUCCCGGAUGCCUUCACGGUACGUGUCAGAAACAAUGGGAUUGCAAUUGCGAAGAAGGUUGGGGUGGUUUGUUUUGCAAUCAGGAUCUUAAUUAUUGCACAAAUCAUAAACCUUGCAAAAACGGUGGAACUUGUUUCAACACCGGUGAAGGAUCGUAUACUUGUAGUUGCGAACCCGGAUUCACCGGAAGGGAUUGCGAACACAUGUUGGACAGUUGCACGACUCAUCAAAAUCCAUGUCAGAACGGUGGAAAAUGUAACGAUUUGGGAAAGGGUUACACUUGCGAUUGUCCGAAAGGUUUCCACGGUAAUCAUUGCGAAAUCGUGACGGUGACGUGCAAGGAUACGACUUGUCUCAACGGAGGAACUUGCGUCGAUACGGCUCAAGGUUUUCAAUGUCGUUGCACGUCAGCAUUUACCGGAAUCAAAUGUCAAACGGAAAUAGACGACUGCAAUCCAAAUCCUUGCAUGAACGGAGGAACUUGUUCCGAUCAGUUGAACGGAUUCUUAUGCACUUGUCCGAACGGAUUCAAAGGGCCCAAAUGUGAAAUAAACGUUGAUGAUUGCGUGAACGUGAUUUGCCUCAACGGUGGAACAUGCGUGGACUUGGUCGGUGGAUAUAGAUGUCAGUGCGUUCCUGGUUAUUUAGGUCCCAAAUGUGAAAGUCGAGUGGAUUAUUGCGUUGCAAAGCCUUGCGCCAACGGUGCCACGUGUAAAAACCUAGUGAACGAUUACCAGUGCAUGUGUCGUCCGGGAUUCAAAGGAAAAGACUGCAGUAAAGAAAUAGACGAGUGUAUAUCGUCCCCUUGUAAAAACGGGGGAACCUGCAUAAAUCGAGUGAACAGUUUCGAGUGCGAGUGCCCGAACGGUUAUAAAGGGCGUUUUUGCGAAAAAGACGUGACCGAUAGUGGUGGAAAUAUGUCUAAGCACACGUUGGAAAGAGCCGAGGAUUCGGGUCUUUCGACGGAGCACGUCGUCGUGAUCGCCACACUUUCCACAGCAGUUCCUGUCCUCGUUCUAGUCAGUGCAGUAGUGGUUAUGUGUAUGAAACAACGGCAAAAAAGAGAACAGCAAAAAGCAGACGAAGAAGCUCGUUUGCAAAACGAACAAAAUACGGUUCAUAGUUCGAUGAGCAAAAGAAACAUGGUCGGAGGAGCCGGUGAUGCUCACAUGAUAAAAAACACUUGGGGGAAAAGUGUGAACAACGUUUUGGCCGCAUCUCAGGUCGCGGCGGAAGAUCGCGUCGGAGCGAACAUAAUUAGUGUUAGUGAAAAUGUUGCCAAUAGUGAACUGUGCUACGCCAAGGGGGGUGAACCCGUGUACCCCUUGUCGAGGACUCGGUCGUCUCAAAAACAACUUAACACGGACACCGCGUUCAACAGACAAUCUCAAAGAGCUUCAGCUCUACUAGUUGAUAAAUAUACGGAUUCAUCCGCGCAUCGACACGGAGCUCAACGAGCUUCGACGACGCUCACGACGAGUUCGAAAUCCGAAAAAGACUUGGAUAGUCUCUGUAGUCCCGGGAUGCGUCCUGACCAAAGGAUAUCAGUUCUUUCAAUAGACUCAUCACUCUACAAUUCGAGGUAA